GGAAUCGUUUGAACAAGAAGAAACUGGGAACUCCAUUAUUGAACAAAGUGAAGAAAAUGAUGCAUCCGCUCUAAAUUUUUUUUUAGAAGAAAUCAGGAACGAUUACCAAAAUUCUGGGCCUCAAUAUCGUACUGCUUUGAAUAAGUUUAUUAAACGAUAUCGUGUAUCAAAAUCAAUUUCAAUCCCUCGAUUAACCUCCUUCCUACACGAUAUUAACCAUACUGGAAAUUCAACGCGUGUUAAAAGUGGUGCUAUGAUCCGUGUUCAAGUCGAAUCUGUAAAACGACGUAAACGUGAGGGGCAUAAUGGAAAUUCACGUGCUGUUUUAAAUGAAAUAAAAGAAAACCGGGAUUCUCAAAUUAUUCCAUAUCGGAAAAAGAGAAAAGUCAAUAAAAAAGAACAUAACUUAG